UGGCCUGUACUGAAGCGCUGAUGGGCGCUGCUGACUAAUGAGACACAGCGAUAAGCUGAAAGCGUACAAUAAAGCGUGUAUAAAACCAAUGCGCGCCGAGUCAGAGCAUCACAGUCAUCGCUGUACAACCGAGAUCGAGCCAAACAAGCGAGUGGAGACCAAAAGACAAUAAAAUUAUAAAAUUCCACAAUUGAAAAAGUGAAAAAGUGCGACGCAUUUCAGCAAACUGAAUAAGAAAAUUUUGAACUUUACAAAACAGCAUACGAUACAUAUUUAAAGUGAUAACAAAUACACUAUGCAGUGGAGUAAUAACCAGAAGCAGCUCAUCACAUUCGCUGUCGCCACACUGGCGCUGGUACAAAUGGCGCAAGCGCAGCGGCCUUCCUUUGCGGGCAUACGUCCGCCGGGUCUGAAUCAAAAGGAUAAAUAUAAUGUGAACAACAAUGUGAACAACUAUAACAACAAUAGUAAUAGCAACAUAGACAUUGUCAAUCGUUUUGGGCAAGGCGAGGAGGUUGCCAAAUUGCCGCACGGCGCCACACAGAAGCCGCCAGCUAACUAUGUACCCGUCGUCUUCCCCGAGUCCAACUACCUGCCAUUGGCAACGCCGAGCGCCAAACCCGUAAAUGACUUCAUUGCAAAUCGCUUUGGUGGCAGCGGCAGCGAUGAAAGUGUAAAUAAAAGCGUAAACUCCAUCGAAAGUGGAGGAGCUGCACUCAAACCUGUUUCGGCUAAUGGCAGCGCCGCAGCGGCUGGCGGAGUCGGUAAUAUAGCAAAUCGCCUGCCGAUCGAUGCGAAGGAUGAUCGCGAACUAGUGGCCAUACUAAGCCGUCUGCCAGCGGAUCAGCAGCCGUUUUGGUUUGUAAACGCGGCAGCAAUUGAGGCACAAAGGAAUGGCUCGUAUCCGAAUUUCGCCGGAGCGGUGAACUCGCGAGGCAGCUUUUUCGGCUAAGCACCUAAACCAUGCCCCCACUCUCAUAUAUAUAUGUACCUCUAAGCUGUAUCCUGUCGUCGUAUUUAAGCUCUUUCGUAUUUAUUAUAUUUCAUAUACCUACAUGCACACAUACAUAUGUAUUUGACUAUUAUUUUUGUUUCGUUAAGAAAUAAAUGUUUUAUUUUACAGAUGUACUUUUGUGUGUUUGUUGUUUUAGUAGCACAAAAACAAUUGCCAAAUCAGU